UUCCCAAAAUGUCUUCCGAGGGAAUCAUACUAACUUGCUUGGGAGUAACAAACUUUGGCGACGGUCUGCGAAGGAUACUUCUCAGAAUCCCACUCCUUUCCGGCGUACUCAACCGGCUGGUCCUCGAGAUUCUCGCAAAACUGAACCUGGAAGAGAUACUCCGCGUCAUUCUUGGCAUAAAACUUUACCUAAUCCCUAAAAAUGUGAUUUGGAUGCGAGUCGGGCUUGGCGAUUUCCUCGUGCAGCUUCUUCUGGGUAUCGGGUGAUGGAACAAGGCUAUAUUUGGCAAUAUAAUCGCCGAAUCAGUAUGCAGUUUGGGUAUAUUGGCGAAUUAACUGAAGCAAUAAGCUUCUGUUCUUCCCUACUGUCCACAUUCUGCUGUCAAAUAAUAUUCACGGACCUCAAGGUGAGUGCUCCAAACCUCAUCGCAAGCUUUUUGGAGAUCAGUAUCAUCCCCAGCUUCAAGUUGGUUGUAAACUUCCUUCUUAUCCCACUAUGUUUAAUGCGAAUCUCAAAAAUCUCACUGGUUGUCUUCGGAUCAGCAAGAUCAAGCGCUGGUCAGCUGUUGAACUCGAUGCCCAGGUUAGUUAUUUCGGUGCUGUAACGUAUGGCAAUGGUUAAUUCUCCGGAUCGCCAACGAUAAGCUUCCCCUUGACCAGUCCU